AUGGCAUUCGCAGGAACAACACAAAAAUGUAUGGCAUGUGAAAAGACUGUGUAUCUUGUGGACAAACUAACUGCAGAUAAUCGAAUCUACCAUAAAGCUUGUUUUAGAUGCCACCACUGCAAGGGCACUCUCAAGCUUGGGAACUACAAUUCCUUCGAGGGAGUGCUAUAUUGCAGGCCACAUUUUGAUCAGCUCUUCAAGAGAACAGGCAGUCUCGACAAAAGCUUUGAAGGAACACCUAAAGUUGCCAAAGAGAAGCAUGCAGACUCCGAGAAACCACUGGCAAACAAAGUUUCAAGCAUGUUUAUUGGAACGAGAGAGAAAUGCGCGGGCUGUAACAAUACUGUCUAUCCAACUGAAAAGGUGUCUGUGAAUGGAACUGCAUACCACAAGAACUGUUUCAAAUGCAGCCAUGGAGGAUGUGUCAUCAGUCCAUCAAACUACAUUGCACACGAGGGGCGCCUUUACUGCAGACACCACCAUACUCAACUCAUCAAGGAGAAAGGAAAUUUAAGCCAGCUCGAGGGGGACCAUGAGAAAAAUUCAUGGAAUCUUUCAAAUGGUAAUAAUGUGAUAAAAUAUGUAUCUAUUGAUGUCUGUGAAUGGAACUGCAUGCCACGAGCUAUUUCAAGUGCAGCCAUGGAGGAUGUGUCUUCAGUCCAUCCAACUACAUUGCACGAGAGGCAGCUUUACUGGGGACCUGGAGUAUUUCCUCUUCUUGUAUUGCUCCAGCCACAAUGA